AUGGACUCCAGCAGCCCAGCUCCCGCACUGGCUACUAUCGCACGCGUCGUCACUCCCGAUCAUCCUCGAGCCGACUAUACGAUACAUUCAAUCAAUCUGAAUCUGAACUUGACCACUGACUCCAAAUGCUCAGCAACCACCGCAGCCGCUACCGCUCCCCCCGUCCGAGCCUCGCCAGUCCCGAACUCGGCGGCAUCUAAUGGCAAGCACACCCUCUCCGUACGCCUCUCCAAGGACCCGAAGGCUGCAGCUCAGGCUGCCAGCGAUCUCCGAAACAUCGUCCGCAGGAAACUGACCGGCUAUGUCGGUUUCGCCAACCUGCCGAACCAAUGGCACCGCAAGAGUGUGCGCAAGGGUUUCAACUUCAACGUCAUGGUUGUUGGUGAAUCCGGUCUCGGCAAGUCUACCUUGGUCAACACCCUCUUCAACACCUCUCUGUACCCUCCCAAGGAGCGCAAGCAACCUUCGCUUGACUUCGCACCCAAGACUGUCAGCAUCCAGUCCAUCUCUGCCGACAUCGAGGAGAACGGUGUCCGCCUGCGUCUGACUGUUGUCGACACCCCUGGCUUUGGUGACUUUGUCAACAACGACGACUCAUGGCGACCGAUCGUCGAGAACAUCGAGCAACGUUUCGAUGCCUACCUCGAUGCCGAGAACAAGAUCAACCGCAUGAACAUUGUCGACAACCGUGUCCACGCUUGCGUCUACUUCAUCCAGCCCACUGGACACUCAUUGAAGCCGUUGGACGUCGAGGUGAUGCGCCGCCUGCACACCAAGGUCAACCUCAUCCCUGUCAUCGCCAAGGCUGAUACUCUGACCGACGACGAGAUCGCCGCUUUCAAGCAGCGCAUUCUCGCCGACAUUCACCACCACAACAUUCACAUCUUCGAGGGCCCUCGCUACGAGUUGGACGACGAGGAGACGAUUGCGGAGAACAACGAGAUCAUGUCCAAGGUCCCCUUCGCCGUCGUCGGCGCCAACACCGAGGUUCAGACCCCUGAGGGCCGCAAGGUUCGCGGUCGCCGCUACCCAUGGGGUGUGAUCGAGGUGGACAACGAGGAGCACUGCGACUUUGUCAAGCUCCGACAGAUGCUCAUCCGGACACACAUGGAAGAGCUCAAGGAGCACACCAACAACUUCCUCUACGAAAACUACCGAUCCGACAAGCUCACCGCCAUGGGUGUGGCCCAGGACCCCAGCGUAUUCAAGGAGGUCAACCCGGCGGUCAAGCAGGAGGAGGAGCGCUCGCUGCACGAGCAGAAGCUCGCCAAGAUGGAGCUCGAGAUGAAGAUGGUCUUCCAGCAGAAGGUGCAGGAGAAGGAGAGCAAGCUGAAGCAGAGCGAGGAGGAGCUCUACGCCCGCCACCGCGAGAUGAAGGAGCAGCUGGAUCGCCAGCGACAAGACCUCGAGGACAAGAAGUCGCGGAUCGAGAGCGGCCGACCGAUCGAGGAGAAGGGCCGCAAGAAGGGCGGCUUCUCGCUCCGAGGUUAAGAAGACACGCGCACAACGAUCUCGACAACGAUCACGGCGCCUCUCUCUGUCCCUCCUCUCCCUGUCGAUCCCCUCGGAUCCUCGUCCAUGAGCCCCCAAAGUCCGAAGAAACACCCAACCUUAUCUUCUAUGUGAAACCAUUCCCCGCUCGGCGCCGUAUUCCAAUUUUCAUGUUCUGUUCGAACUUUA